AUGGAGGGGUGCGAGCAGGCUCCCACGAAGCGCCCUGCGCCGCAUGUCUCUAGUGCCCUAGACGAUGAGGAAAGCGAGGUAGCUUGGCCACCACGUACGUCCAAGCCACGUAUGACCCAUACUAUGCCGUCGUGGCUGACAACGGACGCGCAGCCCACGAAACCACGCAAUCCCAUGGCCCCUGUACAUCGACCUAGGACCACCGACGAAGCGUCCACCCAGCCGCAGCGCCAUGCACGUUCAUCAUGGCGUGUCCAGCACCGCGGCACGCAUCCACGUCCUCCGAGCCCUAGCCAGUCCACCGAUUUUGACGACGAGGGCUACGCGUCUCUGUACUCCACGGAUUCGGAGGAGCUUUCUGAGACAGAGCAGGGGCGCAUGACGGCUACAUCUACACUGGGUCCUCUAGCUGCACGGCGUUUCCGUGCCAUGCUGCGUAGCCUUACUAUGCGUCGCGAACGCAUUGCACGAUGUAUGAUGUUUGCCUUGGACCAUGCGACGUGGGCUGACGCGGUCAGUGAGAUGUUGGCGCAUUCGCUGAUGCAGCCAUCUACGCCAGUGGCUCGCAAACUCGCACGACUUGAUGCGCCUGUGCCACAUGCAUGGCGGUACCGCGAAACCUUCACGGCAUGGCUGCCUAGGAUCCUGCACCACUUUGGCGAGGUCAUUCAUGCAUUUCCUGGCCGCAUCAAAGCUGACAGGAUCCAACGCGAAGUACGUGCUGUGCUGGAUGUAUGGGAAGCGCUGGGCUGA